AUGUUAAACAUAUUAGCGGAUAUCUUCGGAAUCGGGAUGUUAUUGGCGAUACCGGCCUACAGGGCGUACAAACAAAUCAAAGCGUUGAACCAAAAUAAAUACGAUCCGGCUAAAAAUCAACAGAUUUACAAGCACUGCAUCGUGUACGCGUUGUUCCGUGUGUCCAGAUGGAUCGAAGACGUGUUCAGUGUCGUGCCCUAUUACGGCGUCUUCAAAAUCAUAAUAAUAAUAUGGCUGACGUGUUUCGGAGGAAUUGAUUAUUGUUACCGUCGUGUGGUCAGAAGAACGUUGAUGAAAUACGAAGCUAAAAUCGACGACUUUAAUGAACGAUACAGCGUUCCUCGUAAUUCCGCCCCCAAAAUACGUACGAAACAGCAACCUAAAAAGAACUCUCGCAAAAACUCGCCCAAGCGUAACACGAAAAAAUAA